UGCCACCUGGUUUGAGAAGCAUACUAGAGUUUUUAGUUCCCGCAAUUUUCAGUUCUGCUAGCGAGUAGUAACUUUUUAUUUCUAUUCGGUAUUUUUCAUUUCCUACGUUUCGUCUCUCCAGCUUCCCGUGAUCAAGCAAUAUGGCAGAUGACAAAAAUGAAGAUACAAAAGAAGAUAAAUCCAGCGGAAAUAAAGACCAACUACGAAUGAUAGCUGCUGAAGAACGUUCGGAAUAUUUUAAAAAAUUAGAAAAAUGGUUACAUGAAGCCUAUGCUUGGCAAAGCAUGGCUGCAAUGUUUCCAUAUUAUUUAAUGUCUGGACAAAUAAUAAAUCCUUCAUCUGGUGUACCGUCAUUCUCAUCACAAGUAUCAAAUGUAGCAAAUACACAUAGGUUAAUUGUUGACACGAAUGGCCAGGAAAACAAUCCACUCAGACAAAGAAGGCCGCAAGAUUAUGUAGGACCUCCGUUCCAGCCUCCUGGAGCUGAAGGAUUUGAAUACCGUAUACCUCCAAUAUGGAAGAGAUUUGCAGCAGAAUUUAUAGAUACAAUAAUGUUGUUUCUUUUGAAGUUUUCCAUUACUUUCAUUGCUAUUGAUGUUUUUGAUUUCAUAGAUAUAGAUGAUCUAGACUUGGUACGAGCAAACUUGAGAAUUGAUUAUAAAAUGGCUUUGGAAAUGACAUAUGGCAUAUUAAUACUAGAAAUAAUUCAUCGUGUAAUAGUGUGCAUUUUUGAGGCAUUUUGGCUUCAACAUGGUGUAAAUGGUCGUAUUGGUGGUGCAACACCUGGAAAAUUCAUGAUGGGAUUAAAGGUAGUUCAAUGCCGUAGUGUUACACCUGUUGAUAGACCUGAUGAUCCUGACGUUGUACUUGUUUCACCAGGAAUAGAUUUAGGUUUACCACUAGCACUUGGAAGAUCAGUUGUGAAGAAUAUGAUCUUAGCAUUUUUAUUCCCUAUAUGCUUUGCCUUAUUUUUCUUCAGGUUUAACAGAACUGUUUAUGACCUACUUUGUAAUUCCAUUGUGGUUGAAGAUCCUCAUAGGAACUUAAAUAAUAAUAGACUUCAUCAACAAUAAAAAGAUCAAAAAAAUUAUACCUACAUUGUAUAUAUCGUGUGUGCACAAGCGUAUCUAAUAUGUAUAUAAUCGUUCAACUAAACAAAUCGAUUAUCGCAAUACUACGAAAUAUUUUUCUAGAUGUAUUACGGGAAAUCUUACAAUUUUUGGAUAAUAUAAAUUUACCAAUUAUUUGAAAAACAAAACUUAAUUAUCUUGAGACUUAUACCAUUGAGAUUGUACAGAUUUUAUCUAACACAGUUACUAAUAAAACAUUUUGUAAUUUA